AUGGAUUUUUACCAAAGAGAAGAGAACGAUGGAGUUAGGUUUUCCUGGAAUUGUGUUCCAAGGACAAAAUUACAGCACCAGAGAAAUGUUAUUCCAUUAGCCUCCAUGUAUACGCCGUUAAAUAACAAAUCCAGUAUUCCAGUCGCUCCAGCAAAUGAUAUGGUUGUAUGUCGCCAAUGUCGGUCAUUCAUAAAUCCAUAUGUGACGAUGACGGAACAACAACCUGAUGUUUGGUAUUGUCAGUUUUGUCAGUUUGCGAAUAGAUUGGGUCAGAACCAAGUAGCACCAUCAGGUUUAAGCCCUGAGUGCUCAACCAUCGAGUAUUCAACAGGCAGAUUGAGUAAGUUUCCACCUAUAUUUUUCUACGUUGUUGAUACAUGUUUCGUGGAUGAAGAUUUAGAAGAUGCAUAUAGAUCGUUGAAGGAAUCGUUGGUUAUUUCGUUGUCGUUAUUACCAGAAAAUUCAUUAGUUGGGUUCAUUUCCUUCGGUAAAAAUGUACAAAUUCACGAUUUGUCGUCGGAGGGAAUAGGAAAACAACACACGUUUAAUGGUGGUAAGGAAUAUACUUUAGAGCAGAUUCAAAAAUCAUUGGGUCUCUUAGCUGCCGGGUUACGCCUGCAAAGUAACCAUAACUCUCAACAUGAUCCAAUAAAUGAACUUUUGGGACCAAUCGGUAGAAAGUUUUUACAGCCUGUUAGUAUGGCUGAAUAUCAAUUGACGUCAAUUAUUGAAAAUUUGGUGCCAAAUAGAUUUCCAUAUCCAGUAAUGAAGGAAAGAGCUAGCCGUUCUACUGGUUCUGCUUUGAAUAUAGCGUCAUUAUUAUUGUCAGCGGUCUUGGGUGAUACUGGUACUACUGGAGGCCAUAUUAUGUGUUUUGUCGGCGGGGUUUGCACUUUUGGACCAGGAAGAAUUGCUAGUAACCAAUUAAAAGAGCCUAUAAGAUCACAUAAGGAUAUAGAAAAAGCACAUCAGACAUUACCAUCUGUUCCAAUAAACGGAUCGAAUUCCAAGCCUGACAUUUCGUUAGUCAAAAGUGCUAAGAAAUUCUACGAAAAAGUCACUAAACUGUUAGUGGCUAUGGGUUUAAGUUGCAAUAUUUUCAUUGGUAGCUAUGACCAGAUUGGUCUCUACGAAAUGGAUGAAGUUUGUUAUAAGACUGGUGGUGUCGUAGUGAUGAGUGAUUCCUUCAAUACUGCUAUUUUUAAGCAAAGUUUUAUUAAAUUUUUCAACAAACAGCAAGAGGAAAACUCUGAGUAUUUGGAUAUGGCAUUUAAUGCAACUUUGGAAUGUCGUACUACGUUGGAUUUACAAAUCCAAGGGUUGGUUGGUAAUGCCACAAAAUUACCUUACAGAAAGGAUAAUCGAUACAUUGAACCAAUUAUUUCUAAAGUAAGUAUUGGUGAAGGAAAUACAAACACUUGGAAAUUAUGUAACACUAAUCCUCAGUCAACUUAUGCAAUAUAUUUUGAUAAGCUCGACUCGCAAUCGAUAGGAUUCAGCUACGUGCAAUAUUUAUUUCACUACCAGCAUCCAUCGGGUGAGUUAAGAUUAAGAGUUACAACUGUCCCAGUGACAGUGAUUGCUGAUACUGAUAUAACGAACUUAGAGUUAGGGUUUGAUCAAGAAGCGUCUAUCGUGUUGAUUGCGAGAGAAUCAAUCAAUAAGUUGCAGCCAAUCCACGAAAAUUCAGAUAAAUCUCAUUACGAUCCAUCUGACGUCUUGAAGCAUUUAGACAAACUGUUAAUUGACUACUGUACCAGAUACGCGGUCUACACAAAGGGAAUGCUUGAAUCAUUCCGUUUAUCAGCUGCAUUUGCAUUAUUACCGCAGUUUAUGUACUAUUUGAGGAGAUCUCCAUUCAUACGAAUUUUCAAUAAUUCACCAGAUGAAACCUCCUUUGUGAGACAUAUCUUUAUGCACGAAGAUGUGGGAAAUUCAUUGAUCAUGAUACAGCCUACAUUAUUGUCAUACGAUGUUGACAAUUUUGGUGCUAUCGACGAAGAGACUGGUGAGACGAACACAGAACCAGAGCCCGUUUUAUUAGAUUCCUUAUCACUUGGUCCAAGUAAGGUAUUGCUAUUAGAUACUUUCUUUCAUAUAUUGAUAUACCACGGCUCCAAGGUGGCUCAAUGGCGUAAGGCAGGUUACCAUACCAUGGAAGGAUACGAACAUUUCAAGGAAUUCUUAGAGGCUCCUAAACGAGAAGCAAUGGAAAUCUUAAUCGACAGAUUCCCACUUCCUAGGUUCAUUGAUUGCGAUGAAGGUGGAUCUCAAGCAAGAUUUUUAAUGGCGAACUUAAAUCCAUCAACUAGCUACGCAUCAAAUCCAAACAACAUGUAUGGUGGUCAAUUAGAUGUUUUAACUGAUGAUACGAAUUUACAGCUGUUCAUGGAUCAUGUUCAAAAAGUUAUUAUCUUGAAGAAAUAA